GUUUUCAUUUGCGAACGAAUUAUGCGAACGAAUGGCCGGGUAAACAUUGCGGCAGGAGCCGCAGACGAAUUAAAUUUUAACUUUUUUUUUCUUAGUGGCGGAUUACAGAAACCAUUAACAUGUUAGUUAAUCUAGGACAUAGGCUUUUCCUGUUAAGUGAUGCGAUCGGCGUUGUUGGAUUUAAGUAUUCGAGGCUGACAUACACUUCAAAAAGAUACUGGACAUGUUAUGGAAGACCGAUUCAUAGUGAACACGGGAAAUGGAAUGUCGAAAUCAAGGACAGAAUUUUGGAAGAGAGAAAACCGCCUUGGGAUAUUAUGUUUUUUGGAACAGAUGAGUUUGCUCUAGAAAGCCUUGUCGCCCUCCACAAUGAGCAAAAGAGCGAGAGUGGCUUAAUAGGGAAGCUUGAAGUAGUGUCAGUGUCUCUGAAGAAAAUUGUUCCUGCAGUGAGUCGCUACUGUCGAAGUGAGGGGCUGGCACUGAAGACCUGGCCUGUGGUGGUACCUCCUGAGGCCUAUGAUAUUGGAGUUGUUGUUUCAUUUGGACACCUGCUACCAGCAUCAAUUAUAAAUGCAUUUCCUCUAGGGAUCCUGAAUGUGCAUGGCUCGUUACUUCCGAGAUGGAGAGGUGCAGCACCCAUCAUACAUGCUCUGUUGAAUGGGGAUCAGGAAACAGGAAUAACAGUCAUGAAAAUUCAACCAAGAAAAUUUGAUGUUGGAGAAAUUGUUAGCCAAGCAUCAAUCCCCAUCAGCUGGAACACAAUGAGUGGUAUUCUCACCAAACAGUUAGCUGAUCUUGGAGCACAUGAACUGAUAACAUCUUUGAAGGGAUUGCCAGGAAAUCUACAAGCAGCUAUACCACAGCCUAAUAAUGGAGUUACGAAAGCCCCCAAAGUCAAGGAGGAUUCAUCCAGAAUCAGUUGGGAAAAACACACAUGUAGGAAGAUCCAAGCUAUGUACAGAGCAUUGGAUGACUACUUCCCUCUCUGGACCCUGUGGCAUGGAACACCUGUAAAAUUACGAGACAUGGUUAUGCAUGAGGAAUGGUCAGGCUUUGUGCCUAACAACAGAGAAAAGUGCAACAAAAAUAACAAUGCAGAGAAAGAGUUUACAUUUUCUCAAAGAACUAGUAAUACAAAAUGCGAAAAUGAGGAUGUGAAAAGUCUAUCACCUGGAUGUAUAGUGUUUAAUAAAAAGACUAAAGUCCUGAGUGUUCAAUGUGCAGAUGGCUGUGUUAAUUUUAAGAAAGUAAUUGUAAAGGGGCGUAAACCCAUGAGUGCUAAGGAUUUUUAUAAUGGAUUUAUUAGUAAGAAAACUAGAGAUUUACAUGCAUUUGAUAUCUGAAUUUUAAAUGUGCAUUUCAUGAAGUAGUCUCAUCCCAAGAUGAUAGUUCAACUAUUGCAUUUCUUUUGCUUAAUAGAUCAUAAUUAUAUAUUGUUUAUAAAAUAUAAAAUGAAUUGGACA